GCACGCCACUAAUCUUCCUGGACUUCAUACAUAGAUAACGUACAUACAAUUGUCAAUAUUUACAAACAUCAAUUAAAAACAGUCAUGCCAUCAAUAUAUACACAAUACAUAAAAUGAAACAGUCAGUACAUGGUAUAACGUUAUACAUAAUACGCAAGUCAUGGAACAGCCAAUAUCAUUUUUCUAGUUUCAAUUCAGACUAGAGAUCAGGUCACAGAGACCACAUUUCUUUCCUUGCAGCAAUAUUUACACUGGCACCUAAACUUGAUUUUUUUUUCUCUCUCUCUAGAACUCCUAAUUCCGUUAGCAGCGUGGCAUGGCGAGAUACCAGACGACAUUGUACAUCCUGAUAGCGUCGGUCUUCACAACCAUCUUCGUCAUAACAACCAACAACAGUGAUUACGUCAGCGCCAUCAUGAAACCAAGCACAAUCAGUGUCUAUAGAUCACCAGGCAGAUUCCUGUUAUCUAACAAAGACGCUCCUGUAAAAGGGGAGGGGGAAAUACUGAGAUCACCAGAUAAUGACUCACUGGUGCCAUUUUCGCAAUCCGAGGAGUGGCACCGCCAUGUCAAAGGUUGUCGUGUCGUCAAGUCUGGUGAAACCGCCCACGAAACUUUCCCCGCACAUAAAAACUCGUCGGUAACAUCUUCAUCCGACACUAAAUACUUCGUGGACAAAGUGCUGGAUUCUCGGGGAAUCGCUAAAGACGUUUAUGGACAUCACACGGUGAUCAACAACCCGCUGAGCACUUUUUCAGUCGUGGAGCCCGGUGGCCCGGGAGGUUGUGUAGAACGAAGACGCAGAGCUGCUGUCAAGACAUCCCGAGCCCGUCGCUGUCACGCAGCGUUGAAUGCCGGUUUCUUCGGUUCAGAAUCGCAUGCCUGCAUGGGGAAUGUGGUAACAGACGGGAAACGUAUACAAGACGGAGGUGGUGUUCAGAAUGCAAACUUCGGUAUCAGAAAGGACGGAACCAUUGUAGUUGGGUACCUUUCUGAGAUGGACGUGUUACGGGAAGACAACCCCUUUGUACAAUUGAUCACUGGAGUUAUCUGGUUGGUCAGGAAUGGGACUGUCUUCGUUAACGAGAGCAAAGCUCAGGACUGUGGAGGGCUACAGGAAUAUGGCCCCAUGGACAAGUUUGUGGAUGUCCUGUCAGCUAGGGUCGCAGUGGGGCAUGAUGAUCAGGGGAGGGUUGUUCUGGUGCACACAGAUGGAAACACCGAAGAAAGAGGACUGAACUUGUGGGAGUUUGCAGAGUUCCUGCAGAGACUGGGCUUGGUAAAUGCGAUCAACUUGGAUGGAGGAGGUUCAGCCACAUUUGUACUGGAUGGAACUGUUGCUAACUAUCCUGCAGAUCAUUGUAAUGACAACCACAACCAGACAUGGCACUGCCCCCGAGAAGUUUCCACCAUCCUGUGCGCUCACGAUCCAGAUGAUGUGACAUCAAACUGCAGAGCUGUCAACUCUUACACUUGCUUGAAAGUCAUAAUUUUGUGUGUAAUUCUACAUUGGAUCCUGCAAUAACUCACAAAAAAACACAUCUUUGCUAGAAUGAAAGUAAUAGCAAAAAUCAUGAACCCCUUUUUGGCUUGUAUGGCUAAUCCUGUUUCAAAGUCUGACACUUACAUGCCCCUGCAAAGAAAGCUGCUACUAAUAUGACUUCCCCUCCAGCAUUACAGCUACAUGUAUCUACCACCCCCAAAUUGUGACCAUAGCUUGUACUUCUUUGGUAUUCCAGUCUCAGCUUGUCCAGAACACAAGAAAACAAGUAUCUUUGGUGCAGUACCUUGCAAAUCUAAUAGCCUCUUCAUUUCACAAACCUGUACCAACGUGCAAAGUAUCAUAAAGAUCCAUCCACAAUUUAUGUUAUGUGA